AUGGUACUGGGGUCUGGGGAUGGUACAGGGGACCUGGGGAUGGUACGGGGGUCUGGAGAUGAACUCUUCUCUCCUCCGGAGAUAAAAAUGGCCUCUUUUUGGGUAAUAGAAGGAGAUGACAUUGCAGUGACAUGUGACACCAAACUGGAUCCGCUCAGAGCCGGCACAGAGCUGUACUUCACCUUCUACAGAGAUGGAGAGAAUGUGCAGGACUUCAGUGUAUCUGAUACAUACACAAAGCAAUCAACUCAGCUGGAGGAUUCUGGGAAUUACACUUGUGAAGUGAGGACGGCGACUGACACUGUGAAGAAGAGGAGCAAUGAGCUCUAUAUCCAGAUAAACAGCAGAGCUUUCUUUGUGACAAUCCUUGCCGUGGCCAUAGUUGGGGGUCUUCUGGCCAUUGUCCUCUCUGCUGUCAUUAUUUGGAGAUGUAGAAAUAGAAAAGAAUCUUCUGCUUCCAGUCAAGCAUCCCCCCAAGAGACGGAUACAAUGGUAACCGAUGCCAACCCAGAUCCACAAGAUGUUUGCUACACCUACCUCGAAUUGAGCCACUUGCCUAAAGAGGAACCCCGGACCUAUCACUGGUACAAAGACAACAAACCAAUACCCGGAGAUCAACAGAGCCUGCAAAUAUUGAAUUCAACCGUGGAGGACAGUGGAGAUUACCAGUGCCAGAUCAAUUCCAUUGAUAUCAGCGCGCCCGUCUUUCUAAAUGUCGCAAUAAAUUUUGUCAUUCUUCAGAGACCUCCCUCCAUAUGUGAAGGAGACCUAUUGACUCUGAGAUGUCACCACGUAAAAGGCUUUACUGCAAUAAACACAAGGUUCUACAGGGAUGAUAAGGAGGUUCAAUCAUCAGACACUGACCCCGAGCUCCAUCUUACUAAUGCGGAAACGAAACUGUCUGGAGUGUACAAAUGUACUAAACAGAUACAACAUCAGGAUGGUUUAUCCGUGCAUGAGCACUCAGACGUGUCCAGUAUCUCUGUGAAGGAGCUUUUCUCUCCUCCGAAAAUAGAAGCCCAGCUCAGGGUAAUAGAAGGAGAUGACAUGACGGUGAGAUGUGACACCAGACUGGAUCCGCUCAGAGCCAGCACAGAGCUUCAGUUUGCCUUCUACAAAGAUAGACAGACUGUCCAGAAGUUCAGUUUAUCUGAUACAUACAGAGUGCGGCCAGCUCAUCUGGAGAAUUCUGGGUCAUACACAUGUGAUGUGAGGACAGUGACUGACACUUUGAGGAAGAGGAGUUAUGGGCUCUAUAUAGAGAUACAUGAGCUGUUCAGUACUCCGGAAAUAAAAGUGACCCCGCACAGGGUAAAGGAAGGAGAUGACAUGGUGGUGACAUGUGACACCAAACUGGAUCCAUUAAGAGCCGACACAGAGCUGCAGUUUGCCUUCUACAGAGAUGGACGGACCGUGCAGGAAUUCAAUGUAUCUGAUACAUACAGAGUGCAGUCAGCUCAGCUGGAGGAUUCUGGGAAUUAUACCUGUGAAGUGAGGACAGGGACUGAAAAUGUGAGGAAGAUGAGUGAUGGGUCUUAUAUCCAGAUAACAAAAGAGCUCUUCUCUACCCCAAAAAUAAAAACCCUGCUCAGGGUAAUAGAAGGAGGUGACAUGGUGAUGAGAUGUGACACCAGACUGGAUCCGCUCAGAGCCGGCACAGAGCUGCAGUUUGCUUUCUACAGAGAUGGACGGAAUGUCCAGGAGUUCAGUGUAUCUGAUACAUACAGAGUGCGGUCAGCUCAGCUGGAGAAUUCUGGGAAAUAUACCUGUGAAGUGAGAACAGCGACUGACACUGUGAGGAAGAGGAGUGAUGAGCUCUAUAUCCGGAUACAUGAGCUCUUCUCUCCUCCAAAAAUAAUCACCACCCUGAGGAUAACAGAACGAGAUGACAUGACGGUGAGAUGUGACACCAGACUGGAUCCGCUCCGAGGUGGCACACAGCUUCAGUUUGCCUUCUACAGAGAUGGACGGACCGUGCAGGAGUUCAAUGUAUCUGAUACAUACAGAGUGCGGUCAGCUCAGCAGGAGGAUUCUGGGAAAUACACCUGUGAAGUGAGGACGGCGACUGACACUGUGAGGAAGAGGAGUGAUGAGUUCUACAUCCGGAUACAUG